UUAAAUUUAUCAGUAUUGCACGUCAUUUUGAAGAAAAAAAACAUGGCAGAAUACGAUAGUGUUGAAUUCCGAUUUGGAUCUCCUCAAGUUAGUGUCCCACAGUGUGAGAAACACUCGGAAAUUGAAAACCUUUUCUGUAACGACUGUGAUGAAUUAAUAUGUACAGACUGCGCAAAAACAGAACAUCGAAAUCACGACUGGAACACGGUCCGAAAAGCAUCAACCAAGAAGAAAUCGCGCCUCUCCGGAAUAUGCCUGGAAAUCAAAGACGAAGAGCUGCCAAAUAUUGCAAAGCAGAUUGAAAAAAUUGAUUCGAUGGUGAAACAAAACAUUGCAGAUCGAGAUGGAGAAAUAUCCAAAUUAGAAUGUCACUACAGAGAAAUUUUAAGCGAAUUUACCAAAUGUGUCGAAGAAAGUAAGAAAGUUUUCAAAAAUGGGGCCGAAAAGAAGAACAGAAAACUGAUGGAAAUUCAGUCGAAGUUAAAGGAAAAAGAGACAGAACUCCGGGACAGGGUCGGGGAACUGGAAGGUUCUUGCUCCCUCUCUGGCUACAAUUUACUGAAUGUGAAUUGUCGAUUAAACAAGGUUUCGUCUUUAGUUAAAGAUGAGGCAAUUGAAGAUCAACGAUAUUCGUUACAUUUUAAAAAUGGUACAAUAUUAAAGGAAAUUGUAACAUCUUUCCUUGGAGAAGUUAAAGAUUUCGACGACUUUUCUGUGACAAAAAUUGCGUCGUUUAAACACGAGAAAGGGGACAUCAUCGCUUUAGAGGUGGACAACUACGAGAAUGCUAUUCUAGUAGCCUCUGACCAAACUCACUUCGACAAAGUUACCAAGAAAGGAAAAUUAAAGAGUAGAAACGAAAUUGACUGCGAUAUAAAUGAUAUUGCCGUGCUCUCCAAUGGCGAUAUUCUUUUCUCAGACAGCGGAAAUAAAGCAGUUAAACGGCUAACCAACAACAAACUUGCGACUAUCGUGGAAACCUCUCCACUUACUCCUGAAGGGGUAUGUUUGACAACUGAUGGUGACUUUUUGGUCACAAUGGCUGAUCCUUGUAGAGAAACAUGUACAAAAGAUUGCAAAGGUUUAGUCAAACUGUACUCUCUGAAAGGACACGAAAAGAAAGUUUAUGAAUACCAAGAAAAUGGAAGAAAGUUUUUCACGCAGCCGUUCAGAAUAACAGAAAACGCUAACACGGAUAUUUGCGUUUUGGACAACUUGGAUGAUGAACAUGGUGUUCUGAAAGUGAUGUCAAGGACCGCUCGUUUCCGCUUUAUUUACAAAGGAAAUCAAGGUCAUCUAUUCUUCCCAGUGGAUGUUGUUUGUGACAACCUUUGCAAUUUGAUUGUGAUGGAUGCAAAAAAACUACAGCAUUCAUCUGCUGGAUUCUGGUGGUGAAUUUCUCAAAUACUUGAGAACAGACCAGGAAGACAAGAGAACUUCCUUAUCGCUGGCCCUUUGUGGUGACAUUCUAUGGACUGGGGGUCACAGUGGACAUUUAAAUGUGUACAGAUAUUCAAAUCAUUUUUGAGCAGUGAACAGUGACAUAAAAAUACAAGAUGAAUUAACAUAAUAUGUUACUUAUAUUGUCAGUAGUCAUAGGUCCAAAUCCAAAUGGAAUCCAUGGAGACCAGUCCUUUAGAUGAGACCAAUAAAACUAUAGUAUUUGCAAGGAAUAAGAUCAUUCAAUGCCCCAUGGCCAUUAGUGCUGAAUACAGAUAUAUUUUUACCAGCAGCAAGUAGUGGCCGCCUGCAUCCCAGUUUGAGUGCAAAAUUCUCAAGAAGUCAAAGCUAAUGGUCAAAACAUGCCAUAAGCACACAAACUUCAACUGAACAGAUACUGUGGACAAUUGAGCAACCAUAUAAUCUUUAUGAUUACAUGUAAUACAAUUGCCAGUAUUUCAGAAAAAAUGAAGUUUUAUGUUUUAUGCUACAUAAUUCAUGGACAACGUUGGAAACUUCCUGAUUCUUGAUGAUUAUGUAGUAAACCAUUUAUAUAGCA